AUGAGCGGCAGCGUUGGUGAGAGCGGCGCUGGGGAGAGCGGCAACGUUGGUGAGAGUUGCGGCGUUAGUUACCCGCUGGUCGGUGGUAGGUGCAGGUCCGGCGUUUGCAGUUGCGAGAGGCUCGAAGGGUGCAUUGGGCGCUGGUGGAGGGAUCGUGCUCGGCAAGGAGCGUUCGAAAUAGGAGAAGGGAGUAGUAAGGUGAUGCAUAGGUCGUUGACUAUGCCUGCGGCAGUGAGCCCCGGAACUCCGACGACUCCGACCACUCCAACAACGCCACGUAAGGAUAACGUGUGGAGGAGCGUCUUUAAUCCCGGAAGCAACCUCGCCACUAGAGCCAUCGGCUCCAACAUCUUCGAUAAACCCACGCAUCCAAAUUCUCCAUCCGUCUAUGACUGGUUGUACAGCGGUGAGUCAAGGAGUCAGCACCGUUAGGGGUUGGUCUGGAUGGAGUGUGUGUGACAUGCGGGUGAGGUGAUGUAAAUACGGUGACCAGAUCUUCCGCCACGUGUCUGUUUACUUACUUUUUUUAACCUUAAGUUAUUUGUUGUACUUUAUUAGAGAGUUGGUAGUGAACUUUUUUGUACAUAAAACUGUCUUUUGCCUACACAAUGCGUGUUAGCUUUCUGUUUUUGGGACUAUGUUUGCAAGUUUUUUUUUGAGUUGCGUAGUUGCAAGUGGCGGUUGGAUCUUUCACUGUCUCCUUGGAUUUUGUCGGUGGUGAUGCUGUGCCUCUAAUGUAAAAUAAAUAAGCCUAUUUUUGUUACCA